UUCAAUAUGAACACUAAUGAUCACAAACAAAAUUGUGACCUUCCUUGUAACUAUAAAAACAUAGGCGAUACAUUUUCAAUUAAGGCAAGGAACAGAUGGAGGCUACUUAGAGAUUGGAUACUUCACUGUAAAUCUUACAGCUACAGUCAACCCAGUAUAUAUUCAAACGUUGAUAGAAUAUUUGGAUAUAGUCUUCUCAAAAGGUCGGCAUCUUUUUCGUCUUGUAUAAUAGAGCAGGUUCUUUACUUACCAAGGGAAAAUGAACGGAUUGCAAUUAAAACACCAUCAAGCAUCAAAUUUUACGAUCUGAAAGAAUUUAAACUGAUGAACGAAGUACUUUUGACGGAAAACAAAAAUAAAAAUGCUUUUAGUCAAAGUUAUAACCGUUUAGCCUAUGCAUCAAAAGUGGACGUUUUCAUUGGUUGGAAACCUGGUGGAAAUACCUUAUGGCCUUUAUCAUGUGAAAAUCUUCAGAAUAUUGGCAUCCCAUCUACAACUAAAAAUCAGUUGAUUGGUGUAUUUUCAAAUUUUGAUUCAGGAAGUAUAUUUUCGUUGGAAUUAAGAUCGUUUAAAAUAUUUUCGAAUGACUAUUGUUGGAUUAUAUUUGCAAGACACUGGCAGUUUCAAUUUACUGAAAUUAAACUUAUACCUAAUAAAUGUGUACCAGUUUUGAUACUUAAGGAUUGUACCUCAUUUAGUUUUCCAACUUAUCAAGAAGAAUUAUUUACAAAAAUCAUGACAUGUCCUCUACUUAAAACUCUUCUUGAAACAUAUGAAUUCCCAUCAGAAUUAAUCAGUUUCGAAGAGAAAUAUUGUCAUAACUGUAAACUUUUAAUUGCUUGGAAAUGUUCUGCUUGGUUACGUUGUAUGCAAUUUAACAGACAUUUCAGUUCCAUAUCCCACAAUAAUGAUUGUGAUGAGACUGAUGGAAAACUAUUAGAAACGAUCAAUUUUCAAACCUUUGAAAAUGCUAUGAUCAACCACAAAUCACAAAUUACGGCUGUUCUUUACAUUAGCCCAUUAAAUAUUUUAAUUACUGGUGAUAGAUGUGGAACAAUUAAAACAUGGAAUACCGACCAAGUUCAGUUAUCAGUACUUCAUGGUCACUUAGGAGAAAUUAUUCAUUUUUCAGCACAUAGGUGGGAUUUAAUUAGACCACAAAAAUUCUAUUCCACGUCUCCAAGUUUUGUUUCUAUAAGUAAGGAUGGAUUGAUGAAAUGUUGGCAGUUCUGGCAAUCAGACUAUGUAUAUCCGAAAAAUGAUAGUUCUGGAUUUUCAAACCCGUCAAGAAUUGUAUCAGAUAAUGGAACUAAGGAGAAUACCAUCAAAGAAGUAGAUAGUAGACAGACACUAAUGAAUUUGUAUUCAAAGGUUCUGUCUACAAAGACUUCAGCAUCACACUCAGUACAUACUAUCCAUGACAUUACAGUGAAAAAAGACACUGGUGAACUUUUUUUAGUUGGAGUAUAUGAAGACAUCAAUUCAUGUAAGAUUCAUGAGCAACACCAACAGGAGUAUUACUUGGAACAUUGGACAAUAUCUGAGCCUUGUUCAGCGAUCGCCGAAUUUCCACAAACAGUUAAAAAUAUUUCAUUUAUUAGAUUGAAUGAUUUAUAUGAUAUUGUUAAUCCAAGGGCCGACAAAUCAUCUAAUUUAGCUGAAUAUCAAAAUGGUAGUUCGAUUAAUAUAGCAGUUGUUAUAUGUGAAGGAAAACCUGGAAGUGUACAUUUACUUUCCACGUUGAACGGAUCCAUUUUAACAACAGCUGUAUGUGAAGAUACAGUUGAAGAUGCUACUUGGCAUUGGAUGUUAGAAAAAUUGUUUAUUUUACAAAGCAACGGAGACAUCGCUGUAUUUUCCACUUGUAGUCGACCAUGUAACCUACUUUCUAUAUGGUCAUCAUCUGACCAUGAUGUGUUUUACCGUGGACCACUCUUACUUUACCCAGUACAUUGCCCAGAUUACUUCAAGCUAUUUUUGGAAGAUGACAUAUCCAGCGAUUGUUUACCACCGGUUAUUUUGUUACUAUUGGACCCAUGUUGGAAUUUAAAUGAACCAAAUAUAAUAACAAAUAAUCCUCCAGAAGUUGAUCAGAAACAACAUAUAUCAUCAAUUAGAUCAAAUCCGAUAUUCGGGAGAUUAUACAUUAUUACCUUAGAUGGAACAUUAAAAGUAUGGCAAUUGAUUACACCUUUACCAAUCGGUGUGCAAAUACAAAAACUGGACAUUUUUCAAAGGAAUAAACCAAAUUUACGUGCAUAUUUCACGCGUUUUCCAUUUAAAAUUAUUAAUAAUACUGACAUCUAUUGCAUUUAUACAGCUAAGAAUUAUUCAUUUCCCAAAGUAAAGGAAACUGAUAUUAAUUGUGUGACUAAUUCUUGUUUUUACAAUGUAAUCUGUGCUGAAGUGGCUAAUCCAGGUGAUGCUUAUUCUAUGUUCAAUUUCAUAACAUCACGUUAUUUUGAUUCAGCUUAUUUAAACCAUGAGAAUACAACUUUGGUUAAAGAUGUUUGUAUUGGCUUAACAAAUAUAAGCAUGUUAAACAAACGUUAUGAAAAAUCACCCAUGAUUGAACAAAUAUUUCUAACAGUAACUACUGAUCCUGUUGAACAAGAAAGCCUUUAUUUAAAAGUAUGGCGAACAACAUUUGAUUACAAUAUGGGAAAUGAAUAUCCUGUCAGAAACUCUAACAGUUUGAAACGAACGUCUACAAAAGCAUUACAACGUCUACAAAUGUUAGUUGACAGUGGAGACACUAAUAUCGUCUGUUUAAAAUGUAGUCUACAGUUGAUAAAUACACUUAGAUUACCAUUUCCAACCGGACCAAGAAUCUCUAAAGCUGUUUGUAGAAUCGUUGGUAUUCAAUUAAAUGGUGAUAUUUUAUUGACAAUCAAUAAUAGUGUAUAUUUACUUCACUAUAAAACAUUGAAUAAGUAUUUUAAAUUAAGAUCUUAUUUAUUAAAUUUAAUGAAUCAGUCUACUGAAACUAAGAUAAUUCCAGAAAUAUUACAAAACGUAAUAAGAAAAAGGGAAUGGAAUGUAGAUAGAUUAAAGAAAAUGAAUGAUGUAGCUUUGUCUUUGGUAAGUUUUUUCUAUUGCUAA